AUGUCCGACCAAACAACAUCGCUCCCCAAUGGGUCCACGCUGGCGGGAAAAACAAUCAUAAUUACCGGAGGUAACAAAGGGCUUGGCUUCGAGGUUGCGCGCCAAGCGAUUCUCCUGUCAGCAUCGAGGGUGAUUAUCACCACUCGCUCUGAAGUCAGGGGUAGAAAUGCCAUUGCAGCAUUGCGUGAAAAUGCAGAAAUCCAACACGUGAACCCAAAAUGCCAACUCGAAUUUUUCGACCUAGAUCUGGAGGACUACCAAUCAGCUCUGCGAUUCUGUCAGCAAGUGAAAGAGCAAGUUCCUGAGCUAGAUCUUCUGCUUUGCAAUGGGGGCAUCACGCUAUACGAUUUCGAAGAUACCAAGGGUGGCCACGAAAAGAACAUGCAAGUCAAUUGCUACACUCACUUCUUCAUUGUGUUUGAGCUUCUGGGCCUGCUCCGAGCCACAGCUGCUCGACGAAGCACUCCCACGCGCGUGACGUUUCUAGGCUCAUUCAACCACUUCAAAAGCGAUCUUGAGAAAGUCCCGAUUCCACCCAAUUGUACGGUGCUUGAAUAUUUCGACAACAAGAAACUCAUCACGCCAUCUAAACGAUACUUCAACAGUAAGCUAGCGAUCAUUGGCCUCGCGCAGAAGCUUGCUUCGCUGGUGCCUGCUUCCGAAGUCAUUGUCAACAGCGGUGGUCGUUCUAUUAUACAUGCUGCGGUAGAAGCUGGUGCUGAGAGCCAUGGGAAAUUUCUGCCGAUGGGUGGGCAGGUGGUGGGACACACUCCUUUUCUUGAUGGAGAUAGAGGAAAAAUGUUCAAGGAGCAGCUAUGGAAAGAGCUUUUGGAGGAAGGGAGAUCAGUGGACCCUGCUCUGGAGCCAUUUUAG